CGGGGACCUCGGCAUUCGCAGCCGCCGUAUAGACGCGAUGCAUAAGCGCAACUGUAACUGCUUACUUUGUUAUUUUGCGUUAACUUAGUGAAAAUAACUAAAAAAAAAAAAACAAAAAACAAAAACCAAAAACCGACCAAAAAAAAAAAAUCGAAAAAAUGUACGUUUCGGUUUUAAAGAUAUACCGCAAGAAACGAAAUGGGGGUUUGUUUAUCCACCGUAGGAGAUUGAGGAGCAUUCAUUGGUGUUAAAUGAUUGAAGGUAGAAGAGCGUAGUAUACACCCGACGUACACGGAAGGUGGAAAAGUUUAUUUUUUCACUCGCGUCGCACUGUUUCCUUACGUGACACAGUGGCGCACCGAUAUUUAGAGGUCAAAAAUGGGCUGGACUUUAACGGGUCUGGGCGUUGCCCUGGUAGUUUUUGUAGCCGCAGGAAUUGCCUUGGUGAUUUGUAGAAGAUAUCGCGUGGGCUGGCAAUGGGGAGCUAGAAACGUGUGGAGCAUCUGCGAGGAGUGGAGACAAAGGUUGUCAUGGCUUUGGGCUCCUAGGGAGGAAAAGGUGGGACUUGUCAAGGCUCAGCAUCCGACGGCGCAGACUGUUCCCGGCCUAUAUCGACAAGCCGGAAAUACAUCGCACCAUAUUCUCCACAGCGAGAGUGAUUUGAGGCUCGACGCCCAAGGUGGUUUUACCAGAUUCGAAGCGGUGGACAGAGAUCUGCACCCUCCGAUAGGGGGAACGGCGAUACCCCCGCAACCGUUAAGACCCGCUCCGCAACCCAAACCGAUUGCUCGUCCGAGACCGUCACCUCUUCAAGCUCCCAGCGCGAGCGAUAGUCUUCGUAUGCAGGAUAUCGGCCCCGCGCCGUUAACACCUCCGCCGCAGGGCCUGUCCACAAACGCUGCCGGACACCAGCAUCGCGGACCUUCGGCGUUCAUCUUCCCCGGCGAGCCGUCCGCUGAAUACAAUUCUUACAGGGUAGCGCAAGAACCGAUCAGGUACGAAGUUCAAGGCGUAAAACGCAGCUGUGAGAGUUCUCAGACUACUUCGUACGGAUUUGAAAACGGUCAAGAUACCGUAGGAUCUAACAUGCAGUACAACGACGGCUAUAAAAUAACGGGCAACGCCUACGAGGGUUUGAAAAUUAGAUCCGAUCACGAAACCUUCGGGCCUGGAAGUAAUUUCCAGCAAUACGGAGCCGGUAGUCCAGAUCAGCGGGCGAUGAGGUACCCGCCGUUGACGGAAAGCGUCGACAUUGAAACUGAAUAUAAUUCAAGGGUGCAAAAAGAAACUUACGAAAAUCGCGAAAUGGCGCAAAGGAAUUCCGGGCCAAUGUACAACCGGCGACACGCGCGUAACGAGUCAAGGUCCUCCUCCGUACAGGGUGGUUACAGAACGCAGAGCGGUUCUUCGACCGCCCAGACCAUCAUGGAAUCGAUCUACGGUCCCCAAGUAGCUUCGAAAAUGCUCCAAGGUAGCCAGGACGUACAUGAUUUAUGCGACAAUACAAACUCGACGCACAGUCAACAGCAGGAUAUCAUCGAAAUGACCCCGUUGAGAGCGCAAUCGCAAAACGUACCUGAGGUGGGAGCCUCCCAUUCGAUGGGACAGAACAAUUUGGCAAAAUCUCAAGGGUUGCAAAACGUUACGCAGAUGAUCCAGACCAACCAGGCGGCACUGUAUUCGCUUUAUGCCGCGCAGAAUAGCCAGACGUCAACUCUGCAAGAGCAUAAAACGAUUUCGCAAAGUAGUAGCAAGGGAAAAAGUUUAGCCAAUACCUCAGCAGGUCCUCCCUUGUCCACGUCCACGCCGCCCCCGAGUCCGGUGCCACCUCCGGCCCCCCCAGAUCCACCGAACGGAGGGAACGCCGUGCUGAGAAAAAAUGAACCAACGACCGGUGAACGUAUCUUCAACGCCCUCAGAUCCGUUACAUCGCAAAGUUACAUAGACGCGUCGGAGUUUUACAACUCGGUACUAUCCUCGGCCCAGCAGGUCCAAAGGUUCACAUUUCCACCCUCGGAAACAUCAGAAGAUGGUGCAUUGAGUCAUCGGACACCGAACGGUGCUCAAGGUUUCUACGCGGAGCCUGAAAUACCUGGUAUAACAAAGACGGGACGAGGUUCGGAUUUAUAUAGCCGUGAACUCAAUUUAGAAGCCCAUAGAACGGCGCAGGAGGUUUACAAUAGCCUUCAAGAUCCCCCCGCAUCACCGCUGCUUCUGAAGGAUCUCAGCCAGGAACCUCACCCUUAUCUUUCGGACCCAAGCUUCACCAGGACCUCUGAGGACAUAUUCAAUAGCUUGGAACAAAGGAGAAAAAGUAUGGAAAGGCUCAACGGUUUCCAUGAUUAUACGGAAGUAGAAACGGCGGAUCCCCCAAGAAGGCGGAGCAGCCAGGAUCUCUACGCUGCCUUGGAGGAAGUUCAAAUGAAACGAAGGUUGUCACAGCCAUCCGAAGACGUUUACGCGGGAUUCAGUAGUGGAGAAAUUGGAGAAUCGAUAGCGGAAGGUCGUAAAGGUUCUCAAGGUCCAGAGCCGGAACCACCACCCGACGAAGCGAGUUUAAAAAGAGCCGUCAGCUGCGACAGCGUCUGUUCGGACACGAGCGUGGUGCUCGGUGACCUCGAAGAAACUCCGAUCGUUGGACAUAUCUGCGUUGGUCUGGAAUACGAGCGAUGGGGUGGCCGAGGAGGAGAAGGUGAUCUGACCGUGAGCGUCCUUGAAGCCAGGGAUCUAAUAACUCCAGAUGGAAAACCAGCUCAAGACACGUUUGUGAGAGUUUGUCUACUUCCGGAUAGACAGACGCACGUACAGACAAGGCUGUACCGAGGUUGUCCAUCCCCUAGUUAUCAGGAAAAGUUUCUUUUCCCUCUGGACGGUGGUCCCGUGGGACGGUCUCUGCUGGUGGAGGUAUUUUCCGUUGACAUUAGUAUGGGCGUCGGUGCUUCGCUGAUGGCAGAGGCCAGCUUGAAAUUAGGUCCAGCACCCAGGCCCCCCGCGACUACGUGGCUUCCUCUCAUCGGUCCGUCUCUCCCCGUUCCACAUUUGGGAGAGCUCAUGUUUUCAUUAAGUUACUUACCAACCGCUGAAAGGUUGACUUUGGUCGUAGUAAAAGCCAGGAAUCUUCGAGGUGCGAAUCCAUUACCCGGGGAUACCUUUGUCAAGGUAUACCUACUUCAGCAAGGGAAAAAGUUGCACAAAAAAAAAACAUCCGUCAAAAAAGGUGAAAAGAGUCCAAUUUUCAACGAGGCCAUCAUCUUUAGUGUGCCUGCUCACGCUUUACAGGGCAUCCAGUUGAGGUUGACCGUUGCUGAAGCUGGAGAGCCAAGGGCGUAUCCAGUCGGACAUGUAAUCGUUGGUGGUGAUGCUUCCGGUCGAGCAGUUGCGCAUUGGCGACAAAUGUUGACCGCCCUAAGGCGUCCAGUUGCCAUGUGGCAUCCCCUAAGGAAAUGAAUGACAGGAUAUUGAAUUUUGCAAAUUAGAUAUAAUAAUCUACAGUAGAUCGCUAGACGUUGAAAGAAAUUAUUACAAAAAAGUAAAAGAAAAAAACAAACAAAAACCAAAACGAAUUGAAAUAUCACGCGUAGAUUAAAGUCACAUCUAAAAAUUCAUCGAUUGUUCGCGACUGAGUUGAUACAAGUAACGCAAUCCGUACAAAUUGGAAAAAAUCAAAUUAAGACGAUGAUCUUUUCCACAAAUUUGAAUUCGUGGGUUUUCAGUAUGAAAAAGUAUAUCAUAUAUUGUUGAGUACGUGUGAGAAUAUAAUCCACAUUGUUUAAGUUUCAAUUGGGGCUGCGAGUGAUAAAAACCGAAAGAUAAAAGAAAAACAGAAAAAUAAAAGAGAAAAAAAUAUUAGCUGAAAAAUGUCAUCAAGUUGAAAGUUAUUUAUAAGCUAUCGAUGUGUUGGUAUAUUUAUUUGACGUUCAAGUACGAGUGAAUUUCUAUAUUUAAUAUUUAAAUAUAUAUACUAUACAUGUAUAUCAAUUAAUUAAUAAUUUAUUGAUGUCGAUCACAUCACAGACUGAAGUCUACACUGCAUUGAUAUCAAAUCAUUGGCACAAACCAUUCGAUAUUAACAUUUGAGUUAUUAUUCAUCGUUGAAAAAGUAUCAAUAAAAAUAAUGGUAAGAUUUCUGAUGACUGUUUGAAAAAAGAAAAAACGAAAAAAAAAAAAACAACUUUCAUUAGUGCGACACUCACGUGAUCCGGAUAAUUAUUGAAUAUAAUAUACAUAAGACGUACGAUCCACGCAUACAAUAUAGAAAAAAUUAUAUCAAAAAAGGUAGAGAUUAGUCGAGAUAAAAAUUCAUUUCCAAUGAGAUUAAAUCAAGUUAAAGCCACGCAGCUGUGCAGUUAUAAGAUGAUCAUACUGAUCGGAGUUCAUAUUUUCAGUCGAUCAGUAGAGAAUAUCGAUGGCUGAGCGUCAAAAGGUGGGGUGUUCAGAUACAUGUUUGUUACUAUUCAAAUUUCCAUUGAAAAUUCACGAAGUUCACGACGCGAAUUUUCAUUUCCGUUACUAUGCAAUGGGGUUCAAAAUUUGUUGCGAGUCACCCAAGAAUCUUUUGGUCCUUAGCUCAUGGAUGUGUUAUAUGAUUUGGAGUAGCGAAAACUGAUGGAUAGGUUGAAAAAAACCGAGAAAAAAUGAGAAAAUAAAAAAUGCAAAAAGAAUGUCGUAAAAAUUGAAGCGAUGAAAUAUUGUUGUUUGCAAAGCAAUGUUAACCUUUGUACAGAGUUUAUUAGCGAUGUAUUUAACGUGCAACGUGUCUUAAAAAUUUGAGAUUCAAAUUUAAUUUGGUUUUGAAAAAGAUAUUUCAUUUAACCAAACCUACGUGUAAAAAAUAUAUAUAUAUAUUAAUAUUGUCGCUUGACUCACAUGUAUACAUACCUAUAUAUACAAAUGUAAUACCAAACAAAAAAAAUGAUAAUCAACUUCCAUAUUUUUUACACUUACAAUGUUAGCCGAAUUAUGUAAUUAUUAAAUGCUAUCUGUCUGACAGAUCCGUAGAUUUCAUUGGCCAAAUUUUUCCCAUAUUAUAAAUAUAUAACGGUGGUUUAUACGGAUCGCUGAAGAAAGUUGUUUAUAUAGUUGGCCUUUUCAACAUUAUAGUCUAUACCUCUACAUAACUUUUGUACCUCUUCAUAAACACUCGAAAAUAUUAUACCUACGAAUAUAUCUCAUCAAUUGUUAUACCUUAUACUUCCUAUACUGUACUUACAAUAUACGUACAACAUAUUAUUAUUAACAUUAUCAUUAUUGUUACUAUAACAUUAUACACUUUGCCAUAACUUUAAUUAUCGAUAUCUAAUCAAGUUUUCUAUCGCCAAUACUAUGGGACUAAUUCCGCUAAAUUAAAACUAAUAUAAUUAACUCAUACUCAUUCCAAGACUACAAAAUAAAAUAAAAAUAUCAAAUGGAUAAAUGAAAAAAUAAGCAAAAAUAUAUUAAUAACGAUAGUUACGAUAGUUUGUCGAAAAACGUAUGGGGAGGUUCAAUUUAAUUUUUUUCUUCUAUUCUUUUCAUUCUUCGAGGCAGCUAAAAAUGUAAUGCCAAAUUACAUGAUAACGAUCUUCGUGAAAUAUGAAUCUCCUCGGAAAAUAUGUGGGAAUUGCCACCGUGGGUGCAAUACAAAAAUAAAUAAAAUUUGCUAACGAGUGGGAAGGAACGCAGUCGCGAGAACGACGAUUAAAUAAUUUUUCCGGAGACUUCGAUGCGUGGUAGCGACGCCUCCAUUGAUACUUUUUGAUCGGUUGCACGUUUCGCACAAUUUACAUGUACACAUGUGUAUGAAUUUUUUUUACAUAUAAUUUGGAACGAUAUUUUAGGUCACCCCGCAAAAUCAGAAGGGUAGAAAAAAGAAAAAAAGUUGAACGCAAACAACCCAAAUACACGAGUUACAUACCUAAUUACCUAUAUAUGAACAAAUAAGAGAUAAUCCUAAUUAUACCAUUAGCACUGUUGUACGUCAGCACAAAACUGAAUCCUUUAUUCUUAAUACUCACGUAAAUGUUAUAACAUGUAUAAAAACAGAAAAAUUGGGAAAAAAAAGAAGGCAAAAAAAGUCUAAUAAUCGAUAUUCAAAAUAUAUAAGAAACCGACGAAAUUAUAACAAAGUAAUUGAGACAACAGUCCGAUUCAUCCGGUUGUCAAACACGCUGUCUCUAUAUUGUGUCAUCUAUUAUUAAUUCUAUUAUCAAUUUCAUAGUUCUUACAGAGGCUAGAUCGUAGCUGAAUCGGUUAAAUAAUAUUACAUCGGUAUCGAGAAUGUGUGGAGUUGUAAACGAUGCAGACAAUAAUAGCGAGCAAGACGACAUGCCCUAUAAUUUUUAUUGCGAAAAAGUAAACGACAAAUAUUUCAUUUGUGCAGAGUAAAUUAUAAGAUGAUUAUUGUUCAAUUUAUUAUAGGUCAAUACGAUAAUGAUGAUGAGCCACUAUUCUGUGCAAUAGAUAAUUUAUAUUCAAUUAUUUUCGUGUCGGUUUCUUUUUAUUUUUUCCUUGAAAUAUUAUGGGGUGAAUUGCUGUACCUAAUUACGGUUUACAUGGUCAAAAUGCAUGACGAAUGAGUGAUAUAAAAAAAAAAAAAAAAAAAAAAGAAAAAAGAAAAAAUAUAAUGUGAAAUUUAAAUUGUUUUAUAUUUUUGUUACGCCUCUCUGUGAUAUAAUAAGGGCACACUCACAUCAACCUGUGUAAGCAUCAUAAUAAUUCGUGUAUGAAUAUCUUGUUAAGGUGAAAAGAUUUUAGGGGUAACAAGAAAAAAAAAACCUAUACUCUCGCCCUGUCCUUCAUACAAUUUAUCCUAUAGAAAUCGUUGAUAUCACAGCUUGAAGUUAGGAGAUUAUUAAAUCAGACCUGAUCUUACUUGCAUAUUAUAAAAUGCGAGAGUUUAUAUAUUAUGAUGAUCACGAUAUAUGUUACCAAAAAAAAAGAUAAAAAACUAUAAAAUAUAUCAUGUAAAGCGUAGACGCAAUUAUUUUCAACGUUCAACCUAAAAUUAAAUCAAAAUGAAAAAUAUUUAAGCUAUGACGUCGACGUGCCUAUUAUACUGCAUAAAAUUGAAAAAAGGUUAACCAACAAAUAUAUAUAUAUAUACAUAUA